AGACGAAGGGGCGUUGUCAAUUGUGAAGAACAGCACAGCUCAUCUCAAGGCAGCCAGUGUCUCUGCAGACAUGGCCGCGUGUGCAAGAGCUGCGUCUGUCUUUUUAUUCCUGACGAAGGUGACGCUAGCGACAACUACCACCACCCCUGCGCCGCGUCUGACGGAAUACGACCCGGCUGUGCAACAGGUGAUGAACAGGAUGAAGAACUUCGGCUCAGGAACGGCGGUCUAACCCGAGGCAGGAUCGUCCGACGCUGCUGUAGACGGAUCAGCCACCCACAUCCUCCUGUGCCGAAUGGACAGCGAACUGACGGAGCUGAGGAGAAAAGUUGUCAGCUUAAAACAGAACUGUCCCGGAUGAAGGAAGGCCAGGAAAGUAGUUCCACCAUCUGCCACCACCACCAGCAGGAGAUUAACAGUAGCAUAGUAAAUCAGGUGCAGCAGCUUCAGGAAGAAACCAGGCAGGUGAAAGAUCAGCUGUCAGCUCAGGUGCAGCAGCUUCAGGAAGAGGUGAAGAACCAGCUGCUGGGUCUGUCUCAGCAGGUCACCCAGGCCCUUCAAGUCCCAGUGGCUACGUCCGGAAGAGGACUGGAAACACAGAGCGACCUCGAUACCAGCAUAAGGCCUCAGGACUGCUAUGACCUCCUCCGAUCAGGAAGAAACGAAAGUGGCAUCUACACAAUUUAUCCUCAAACAUGUGGAAUUCCAGGUGAACGGGUCGCCGUCUGGUGUGACAUGGGCGAGAGAGAGGUCGACGAAGGCGGAUGGACUGUUGUCCUUCUUCGGCGACCUCUCAGUACCCAGGUGAACUUCAACAGAGGAUGGCGCGAUUACAGAAUUGGAUUUGGGAGUCCAGACACUGAAUACUGGAUAGGUAACGACGUGCUCCACGCCCUCACGAGCGGAGCACCCCAAGUGCUCCGGGUGGACAUGACCGACUGGGACGGGGAGUCCCGAUUCGAAGAGUACAGCCACUUCCACGUCUCUGACAGUGAUCACGAGUACAGCCUCCGACUGGGGACGGGAACCGAGACUGCUGGGGAUGCCCUUAAACAUCAUGAUAACAUGCUCUCCUCCACUCCCGACAGAGAUAACGAUAACCACGGUGAGUUAAAACCUUCUCUGUAUUAA